CCCAGAGCUUCAUUCUUCUGAACGGAGAAGCCAAGUAAGGUAGAUCAAGCUACGGUGUCCAUGGAGCAAGGCGGCAAGAUGGCCCAUGGGUGGGCUGCCAGGGAUGCCUCCGGCCUCCUCUCCCCUUACAGCUUCUCAAGAAGGGUUCAGGGGGACGACGACGUGACGAUCAAGGUGCUCUUCUGCGGCAUCUGCCACACCGACCUCCACAUCAUCAAGAACGAGUGGGGCAAUGCCAUGUACCCUGUCGUCCCCGGGCACGAGGUCGUCGGCGUCGUCACGGACGUCGGCCAUGGCGUCAGCAAGUUCAAGGCCGGGGACACGGUGGGCGUGGGCUACUUCGUCGACUCCUGCCGCUCCUGCGAGAGCUGCAGCACGGGGCACGAGAACUACUGCCCCGACCUCGUACUCUCCUCCAACGGCGUGGACCACCACCACCACGACGGCGGCGCGAGCGCGAGCGCGACCACCAAGGGGGGCUUCUCCGACGUGCUGGUCGUCAGCCAGGACUUCGUGGUCCGGGUGCCAGAGAGCCUGCCUCCGGACGGCGCCGCGCCGCUGCUCUGCGCCGGAGUCACGGUGUACAGCCCGAUGGUGCAGUACGCGCUCAACGGGCCGGGCAAGCACCUCGGCGUCGUCGGCCUCGGGGGCCUAGGCCAUCUGGCCGUCAAGUUUGGGAAGGCGUUCGGCAUGACGGUCACCGUCAUCAGCUCGUCGCCUGCCAAGCGCGAGGAGGCGCUCGGACGCCUUGGCGCCGACGCGUUCUUGGUGAGCCACGACGCCUCGCAAAUGAAGGCUGCAGCCGCCACGAUGGACGGCAUCAUCGACACGGUCUCGGCGGGGCACCAGAUCGUGCCGCUGCUGGCGCUGCUGAAGCCCAUGGGGCAGAUGGUGGUGGUCGGCGCGCCGAGCACGCCGCUGGAGCUGCCGGCGUACGCCAUCAUCACGGGCGGGAAGCGGGUGGCCGGGAACGGCGUCGGGAGUGUCGCGGACUGCCAGGCGAUGCUGGACUUCGCGGCGGAGCAUGGCGUCACCGCUGACACCGAGGUCGUGCCGAUGGACUACGUCAACACCGCCAUCGAGCGGCUGGAGAAGAACGAUGUCAGGUACCGCUUCGUCGUCGACGUCGCGGGCAGCCAGAUGGAUACCGUUGCUUAGAAGCCUGGAUGCGUAGUUCGAUCGAGUCAUGUAGCAGCCGUCGUUGUGCGUGGUGUGAAAUUGUUUGCUCGUGCCGUCUAUUUGUUGGUGGGUGUGGGUCAAUAAACUAGGCAGAACAAUUGGGCCGUAUGCAUGCAUGGUCUGCACUUCCUGCCAUUCGUUGAAUCCUUAUGUACCUUUGAAUUUUAAAUUUGACUGAGAAAGUGGAUGCUG